CACCCUCAUCUCGUACCGUCCCUUUCUUCAACUGGAGUUGUAUGCGGGGCCCACCUGUGUUUCGCUACCUUCUCCAUCUCCGGCUCCAACCACACGGCGGGUGCAAAACGGGUAGUUCAAAAACGAGUAGAAGUAGUUUGUCUAGUACACGGGAACCCCUUCCGGCUUCCUCAUCCUGUCAUCUUCCUCCCCGCCUUUCUUCCCUCCCAUCUGUUCGUCGACGAUUCCUCCCGUGUGGGAAUUCGAUUUUGCAUCCCUCGUCUUCUGCUAGGGUUCCCACUUUUGUUCCGUGCACGGAAAGAGAAAGCUUUUGAUAAGAUCUCCAUGAAUCGGUAGUUUAUUUCGAGGAAGCUUGUUGUUGAUUCUCGUUAGAUAUUUUGCGUCAUGAUCAGUCGUUUCGCUCGGUGGAUUCUUUUCCCCUUGAUGUGGAUUUCGUACAAGCUGUCCGUGUGUCUUUUCGUUCCUUGGAUAAUUAGCGGGAUAAUGACGCAGUAUUAAGUGAUGCAUAGUUCAACCUUGGUCUUAUCAGUUUACUUUUCUUAGAUUUGAUGGAAGUCGAAUUUGACUAAAAAAAGUAUCCUUUUUCAGAUUCUUCAGUUUCCCAAACGUUGCUUUUGAGAAGCAUGGAAUCUUCUCGCUGGACAUAGUAGUAUUGCCGGUGAAGUUGGAUUGUUCAUGGAGGAGUAUGCUGAUAACUACGACAGUGAAGACAUUCUUGUUAAACCACAGGAACAGGAGCAGAAUUUGAUUUGUUUGCUUGUCCUCUGAGAGUGAGGAAGCAUGAGCCAUCUUUGUGAUUUUUGUGGGGAGCAAAGAUCUGUCAUCUAUUGCAGGUCCGAUGCUGCUGCUUUGUGCUUGUCAUGUGACCGCAUAGUUCAUUCUGCAAAUGCACUUUCUCGACGCCAUUCGCGCACUCUUUUGUGUGACAGAUGCAGCACACAACCUGCUUUUGUUAGGUGCAUUGAGGAAAGUGUUUCACUCUGCCAAAAUUGUGAUUGGAAUGAGGAUGGUGGAUCAGCAGUUGCCAAGGGACAUAAAAGAGAGACAAUAAAUUGCUACAUAGGUUGCCCGUCUGCAGCUGAGCUUUCGAGAAUGUGGCCAUUUUUUAAGGAGUUUCCUCCUAUAGAGGAUGCUGAUUGUGAACAGGGAUUGGGCUUGAUGACCAUCGAUGAGAACAGUGUUACUAAUUGUUGGGGACAUCCGGAAAACAGCAUUUCUGGUGCAGGCAAGCUGAAUAAUCCAGGAGCUUUUGAUAAGUUUGAUUCCUUGAUUGGAUCAUCUUCGGGGCCUGCAAUAUGUUCGAUGCCCUGUACUGCUGAUCUGGUAGCUGGUUCAGUAGAUUCAACUACACCUAAGUUAUCUUGUCCUGGGACAAAUGAUUCUGAAUUAUGCAAAGAUGGUCUCCGUGAUGAUUUUAAAUUGGAUGAUGUGGAUUUGACUUUUCAAAACUAUGAAGAACUUUUUGGUUUAUCUCAUAACCAAACAGGGCAUCUUUUUGAUGAUCACGGAAUAGAUGUGAUUUUUGAUCCAUGGGACACUUGUGCUGCCAAUUCAAACUGCCAGGAUGAAUUUGUUGGAGAGGCAUCUUCUGAGGGGCAGGUUAAGCCUUUGCCAACAACGUGUAGCAAUGCAGUCUCUGCUGAUUCUGUGAUGUCAAAUCCAGGACAAAAUGUGGAUUCAAGUAUGUUUUUUCCAGCACGACAAGCCCACUCCUGUCUAUCCUUUUCCUUUUCUAGUUUGACUGGUGAAAGCAGUGCCCGGGAUUAUCAAGAUUGUGGUGUGUCAUCAAUGCUUCUUAUGGGUGAGCCUCCAGUGUUCCCAGCUGGACCUGAGAGUUCCAUGUUGCCUACAGCCAGCAGGGAUAGCGCUGUGAUGCGCUAUAAAGAAAAGAAGAAAACACGCAAGUUUGAGAAAAAAAUAAGGUAUGCUUCUCGCAAGGCUAUGGCCGAUGUGAGAAGGCGGGUGAAGGGCCGGUUUGUCAAGGCUGGUGAAGCUUAUGAUUAUGAUCCACUUGCAAAGACAAGAAGCUGUUAAGAGCACAGCGUUAUCUUAGUAUAGUAUAAAAAUCAGUUGGUAUAUAUUUGGGAAAACAAAGACGGAUGUUGGUCACCCUUCCCUGGUGAUUAAUAUGUUUAUCAGCCUACUCGAAGAAAUAAAAAGGAGAACAAAGAAAGGCAGUCUGAUUGGCAGCUGAAAAUAUUCCAGUUGAAAGUGCUCAGUCCAUGCUAAAUUGCCGAGGCACAUUCUGGAAAUUCCCAACAAUCUGAUCCUGUAAAUGUUGGCCUUUACAAUGUUCGAUAGUAAAUAUUCUACAACUGUGUAAACGGCAGCACAUAUUGGUUUAAUGUUUACAUGGUAUCGAUGCUGCUAUACGUUGACUCUGAUGACGAGUCUUAUUCCUCUUCUUCCUUCGUUUUUUUUUUUUUUUUUUUUUUCUGAUUCCACUUGAGGGUUAGCCGCCAAGCGACAUGCUGCAGUGUGCUAUUCCCAGCUUAGAUAUCUGAUUCUGACAUUUAUACCAUUCUCUAUAUUGUUUCAUGUUAAAUUUGCAGAGUAUAACUCUGUUGUUGUAAUCAGCAAAUAGCUCUUUGUAUCCAUUCAAAUGUGAAGGAGAAUUUUGGAUGUAACAAGAUUCUUGGAAAAGCUAUACACUUGGUUUUCGAUGUCA